AUGAAUAAUAUUAUUUCAAUAUCCAUUCACCGUGAUUUGUGGUGGCUGCUUUUGCUGGGUGUGGGGGCUGUGGUAUUAUGGGGUGCAGCGCGGUUGGAGUUCACCUUCAGUGGUGUGGUUGUUCAAUGGGGUUGGUGCGUCGGUAAAUUGGUUGUGGCUGCUGGUUCCCCCAGCGGGAUGCUUUUCGUGCUUCCAAGUACGCCCGUGGAAGUUGUGGACUUUCAGGGGAUUAGUUCCCGGGCCUCCUGGGUACUUGCUGGGGAAAAUUCUCUAAUUACUUCACUUUUGGAACCAUAG